AUGUCUAUGGACGACUCGUUCAUCUCGAACCCGGACGACGACCCGGUUCUGAACCUUUCCAGACUGUUUUGGGAGCCCAGCUUGGAGUAUCAGCUCCGGUACAACGUCUGGCUGCCCGCCCUGGGCAUCGCUGCCGUUUACGCACUCAUCAUUGUGGUGGGCUUGGUGGGGAAUAUCACCUUGAUGAAAACCUGCCUCCUGGUUCGGUCCAUGAGGACGGUACCGAACUUGUUUCUAUCCAGUUUGGCUUUAGGGGACGUGCUGCUGUUGGUGACGUGCGCACCGGUGGACGCCAGUCGGUACCUGGUGGACCAGUGGAUCUUUGGCAGGGUGGGAUGUAAACUCAUCCCCUUCAUCCAGCUCACCUCAGUGGGGGUGUCAGUGUUCACCCUCACCGCGCUCUCUGCGGACCGCUACAGGGCCAUUGUAAGACCUCUCGACCUCCAGAGCUCCAAACUUAGCUUCCGUCUACGGGCCGGCUCCAUCUGGCUCCUGUCCGGGACCCUCGCCAUCCCCGAAGCCGUCUUCUCAGACCUGCACACCUUCACCACCAUCUCCACCAACGAAACGUUCGUCACCUGCGCCCCCUACCCUCAGGCCAGAGACCUGCACCCCAAGAUCCACUCCACUGCGUUCUUCCUGGUCUUCUACAUGGUUCCGCUCUCCAUUAUUUCCAUCUACUACUGCUUCAUCGCCCGCAGUCUCAUCCAGAGCUCAGCAGAUCUGCCAGCUGAGGAUCAAAGGCAGAAACAAGUCAGAUCCCGUCAGCGCCUGGCCAGGAUUGUGUUGGUGUUCGUGGGCCUGUUUGCAGUGUGCUGGCUGCCCAGUCACGUCAUCUACCUGUACCGCUCCUACCACUACGACAAGGCGGACACAUCUCUGGCUCACUUCAUCGCCAGCGUGUGCGCUCGCAUCUUGGCCUUCACCAACUCCUGCGUCAACCCCUUCGCUCUCUACCUGAUGAGCAAGACCUUCCGCAAACACUUUAACAAGCAGCUGCUGUGCACCCACCACCGUCACAGACCACCGCCCAGUCUGAGCCGCACCAACACCCGCACCACCACCGUCUGA